AUGCAGCUGCGAAAAAGUGAGAUGAAUGGAAAAGGGAGCAUCGAUGUUCCGUCACCCCGCCGAUUUCAGGACCUGCGAAAGCGCCGACUUGUGCUGCCAGUUAGCGAGGUACCUGGCUCUCAGCAGCGCUCCCCACCUCCAGCCAAGUCCCUCCGCAUCGUUCCGCCAUCACCACCAAUACCACCUAUCAAUCACCCCGCCAUCGUCCCUCCAAAAAUUCCUGUGACUCAAAGCGACGACAAUUUGCACGACUCGCCAAUCCGGCAUCCCAAACCAUCAAAUCUCGUCCUCACGAUGCCGACCAUCUCCGUCGACAAGUACAAGCUCUACGAGGCUCUCGGCCGCAAAUUCACCACGGCCGAGUUUGAGGACCUCUGCUUCGAAUUCGGCAUCGAGCUCGACGAAGACACCGAAGACGAGGAACGGCCCAUUGUCAAUGGCGAGCAGGAACCCCCCCAGCUCAAGAUUGAGAUUCCCGCCAACCGCUAUGACAUGCUCUGCUUCGAGGGCAUCGCCCUCAAUCUCAACAUCUUCCUCGGCCGCACCAAGCCUCCCAACUACAGAGUGGUAGAGCCCAAGGACGGCAUCCUGCAGACCAUCACCGUCUCUCCCGAGACAGCAAAGGUCCGGCCCUACGUGUCCGGCGCCAUCCUGCGCAACAUCAAGUUCACCAAGGACCGGUACGAGUCCUUCAUCGCCCUCCAGGACAAGCUGCACCAGAACCUCGCCCGCCAGCGGACACUGGUGUCCAUCGGAACCCACGACCUCGACACCAUCAAGGGCCCCUUUACAUACGAGGCCCUGCCGCCCCAGGACUUCAAGUUCGUCCCUCUCAACCAGACGCAGGAGCUGACCGGCGAGACGCUCAUGACCUUUUACGAAAACGACCGACACCUGGGGCGCUACCUGCACAUCAUCCGCGAUGCCCCCGUAUACCCCCUGAUUCUCGACUCCAACCGAGUCAUCUGCUCGCUGCCCCCCAUCAUCAACGGCGACCACUCCAAGAUCACCCUCAACACCACCAACGUCUUCAUCGAGAUCACUGCCACCGACAUCACCAAGCUGGACAUUGUCACCGACAUGAUGGCGACCAUGUUCUCCGAGUACUGCGCCGAGCCCUUCACCGUUGAGCCCGUCAAGAUCGUCUCGGACCACAACAACCAGACCCGCGUCACCCCCCAUCUCCGCCCCCGCGUCACGCACGCCGAGGUCGACUACCUCAACAGCUGCACCGGCCUCAGCGAGUCCCGCGAGAGCCUCUGCAAGCUCCUCGCCAAGAUGGCCUACGUCGCCCGCCCGUCAGACAAGGACCCCAACCUGCUGGAGGUGGCCAUCCCCCCCACCCGCGCCGAUGUCCUGCACCAGGCCGACAUCAUGGAGGACGUGGCCGUCUGCUACGGCUUCAACAGGCUUCCUCGCAGCUCUCCCAACAACAGCGCCACCGUGGCGGCCCCUCUGCCCAUCAACAAGCUGAGCGACAUUGUGCGCAUCGAGGCCGCCAUGGCCGGCUGGAGCGAGGUCAUGCCCCUGACGCUGUGCAGCUACGACGAGAACUUUGGCUGGCUCAACCGCAAGGAUGACGGCAAGACGGUCGUCAAGCUCGCCAACCCCAAGACGCUGGAGUACCAGGUCGUGCGGACUUCCCUGCUGCCCGGCCUGAUCAAGACGAUCCGCGAGAACAAGAGCCACAGCUUGCCCAUCAAGAUCUUUGAGGCGGCCGACGUCGUCUUCAAGGACGAGCAGUCGGAGCGCAGAGCUCGCAACGAGCGCCACUUUGCCGCCGCCUGGUGUGGCAAGUCGAGUGGUUUCGAAGUCGUGCACGGCCUGCUGGAUCGUCUCAUGCUCAUGCUGCGCACCAACUUUGUUGCCGGCACCGACGGCGGCGCCUCUGUCAAGCCCGAUGGCUACUGGAUCGAGGAGCUCAACGAGGACACCUUUUUCCACGGCCACGCCGCCGCCGUCUAUCUCAGACUGGGCGGCAAGGAGCAGCGCAUCGGCGAGUUUGGCGUUCUGCAUCCCACUGUGCUAGAAAAGUUUGAUCUAAGUCCAAGACGCUAA